UUAGAGCUCACCAGCUCAAGGAUGGAGAGUGCUGGCUCUGUUGCUGCUCCAACAAAUGCAGAUGGCUAUGAUCCCAUGGCUGAUCCAAAGAGGAGAACGAAAUCCAAUGAUCCCGGAUGGAAGUAUGGGUACUGGACAGAAAUUGGGAACCGAGAUAAGGUCACUUGCAUCCUUUGCAAGACAGUGACAACAGGUGGAAUCAAGAGGUUGAAAGAGCACCUUGCUGGAGGUUAUGCAGACACGACCAUGUGUUCCCAGACUACUACUGAGAUUAGGAAAGAGAUGAAAGCAUAUUUGGACAAGAAUAAGAGAAAUAGACCAAUCUUCAUUGAUGAUGAUGACAAUGAUGAUCGACAACAGCAACAGAGAGGGAGAGGGCAGGAACAGCAAGACAGCGAAGAGGUUGAGGUUGUUCAUCCAAGCUCAGGGACAGCUGCCAAGAGAAGGAGGGCCACAUUCCAGUAUAGGACAGCAGGUCAACCUUCAAAAACACCCACUAGCACAGCAAAAGAGGUUGGAAAAGUUGCAACAAUGCUUAGGAGAACUCCUGAACAAGUGGUGGAUGAUAGGCGAUCGUCAAGCGCACACCAAACCACCAUAGAGGCUAGCAUAAAGUCUAAGGCUGACAGAGAAUAUGUGAACAAGCAAUGGGCUUUGUGGUUCUAUGAGUGUGGUGUGCCAUUCAAUACCAUAAACUCGCGACAGUUUCAGAUUGCUUGUGAGGCCACCGCACAAUAUGGUUCAGGGUAUGUGCCUCAUACCAUGCAUGAGGUGCGAGAGCCUUUACUUCGUGAGUGUGUCAAGGAUGUGAGUAGCAUGAGGGCUGCACAUGAGUUGGCAUGGAAGAAUUAUGGCUGCACACUAAUGUCUGAUUGAUGGACCGAUAGAAGGGGGCAUCACUUGAUCAACUUUCUUGUCAAUAGCCCAGAGGGGACUUACUUCUUGGAGUCAGUUGAUGCAUUAGCUGAAAAGCAUGAUGCACUAUUGCUAGCUGAUUUGCUUGAGAAGAGGAUAGAUAGCAUUGGAAGAGACAAGGUUGUUCAAGGAGUCACCGACAAUGGAGCUAACUAUAAGGCAGCAGGAGAACUUCUAAUGC